AUGCAACAGCACCCAGUACCUCCACCGCUUGACUCCUCCGAUCUAAUAACUUUGGCAUCAGACUGGAGAGCAGGCUUCUUCGACGCUAUAUUUGAGUCUUUUGACGCUGGAGAGGAAUCUCCGGACAUCGAUGUAGUCCAUGCACGAGUGCUGGACAAGCUCUUACAAGACAGAGACGUGGGAACAGACGUUUGGGAUGCCGCUGUGAGAGAACAUCUCGUCCGCUCAUGGCAUGUUCAGGCAGCUUGGCCGGAUAGCAUUCAAGGCCUUACAAGGCUCAAAGAUCCUUGUGUGGUUGUCGUGCUGGCGAACGGGACCACUCGACUGCAACUUGACAUCAUCCGAUCUGCGCGUUUGCCCUUCGACACACUGUUCUCCUCGCAGCUGCUGCAGGCAACAAAGCCCAAUCCAGCGAUCUACCUCAAGGCGCUCGACCUCAUGGCACUCCACCCUGAGCAGACCGCGAUGGUGGCAGCACACGCUUACGAUCUGCGCGCGGCUGCCAAGAUCGGUAUGAAGACUGUGUACGUCCAACGGUCUACCGAGGAUCCUAAUGAGGACAUGGAGGCUAUCCGAGCUGAGGUUGAUUUGUUCAUCAGUGGGCUUGAUGAAGGGGAGGGAUUGUUGGAACUAGCGGCAUUGAUGAAUUUCAAUAUCUGA